UUCCAUGAAUUCAUAUAAGGAUAACAAAGAAUUAUCACAUGAUAACAACAUAAAUACAUACAUGAAUGUACUACUAUGGGCUUGGGAGUGAGGGUCCUAAACUCCUAGGAUGAGGCUUUCAUUGACCACCAUUCAUCAAAGAUAAAACCAGCAAAAUAUAUGGAGCCUCCCCUUUCUCUUUGAGCAAACAACAGAGAUAGAGAAGCAAGUAAAAUUAAAGGAGAUACUAGUACUAUGGCACUGAGAAUGUGGGCUUCUUCCACAGCUAAUGCACUUAGACUCUCUUUUGCUUCCAAAUCUCAUCUCUCUCCUGCCUUCUCUCUCUCUAGAUGCCUCUCUACUGUUCUAGAAGGGUUGAAGUAUGCAACUUCACAUGAAUGGGUGAAGGUUGAAGGCCCUGUGGCUACUAUU